AUGUAUGGCAGAUCACCUGCGCGUCAAUUUAGUCCUUGCUCAAACAAUGUGCUUGAAGAAGGUGAGAUAUUAAACAACGAGUUGAAUGAGCUUGAAAAACCGUCAUGUGAUGUCUUGCUUGAGGAAUCAACCUAUCACACCACAACGCUGUACAAGCUGCUCUACGGCUAUGGCUGUAUUCCUGAGGGUUGGGAAGAUUUUUUCUGUCGCCAAAAAGAAACGAUUAAGAGCAUUUCUGAUCAAUUAGAUGAAGAUAAAGAUGUUAAUGAGUACGGUCUAAACCCUAAAAUAGGUUGGGUGUUUAGGGCGUAUAAUAUGGUCCCUCCAAAUAAGGUUAAGGUCAUAGAGUUAGGUCAAGACCCGGCUCCACAACCCGGCUUGGCUACUGGUCUUUCCUUUAGUCUUGAUCCCAGUGUCCCUUCUUAUGCGGUACCUAGUGUUCAGAGGGUGAUAUUGGAGGCCAUGAAUGAAGGAUUUUGUAUAAAUAUUACAAAAGGCGUUCUUUUUCCCUGGGCCAAACAGGGUGUGUUGCUUUUAAAUACUGCGUUGACCUUAAUCCCUAGAAAAAAAGGUUCUCAUAUAAAGCUCUGGAGAUAUUUCAGUCGAGAAAUGUUAAAAAACAUUAACAAAGUGGCCCAACCCUCCGUAUGGAUCUUGUGGGGAAGCAAGGCAAAAUAUUUCAGAAAAUACGUUGAUGAAAGCAAGCAUUACGUUAUCGCUGGCGGGCACCCUCCCAGGGCAGACCCAAGGAAGUUCUUUUGCCAAAAUUAUUAUUACUGCGCGAAUAAUUUCCUGUGCUCGGAAAAACGUGGCCAGGACUGGAACGUUGACUGGAACCUGGAACCUCUACUAUGUUUCAAAAAUGCCAGUUAUAUUUUUGCCCGAAGAAACCAUGUCCUGAGCGAGUGGUAG